UUCUUGGCCAAGCGUGAUAAGCUGCCGUUCGCCGCAAAAGUUUUAAUCUAAUCACGCAAGGGUAAGCCAGUCGAUGACGUCGUCAACCUAUUGAUUCUCGAUUACGAAAAAGGGAAGGGUACCACAAACUGCUCUCGACUCUGGCAAGCUAGUGUACCAUUUUAGAUAUCGGGCCAGUCUGGCAAGCUUAGAAGAUUUCAAGUACCUUUUGUAUGCUCAGUGCUUUGUGUACUUUGAGAAUGGUUUUAUAAACUAAAUUGGCAUCGACAGCUUUGAGCCUGAUACAGUAUACCCCGGUACUCUGAAUAAUAUAAUUUUAAUUGAGACGCCAUAGAGCAGUUUUUAUUCUGGAAAGCAUUAAUGUACAUAAUUUGAUAACCGAUUUGAUUGGUGAACUGGGUAUCGUCAGAAUCGGCGUUUAAUGUGCAAAGUAUCUAUAUCGUUAAGCAAUACCGUUAGCAAGAAGCACCUUUGGGUUACAGAUGUCUUCAACCAACAGUAGUUCGAGACCCAUGACAAAGGGCCCUGUUGUGACGGAAUAUAUUUCGCAGUUAAUACAGUGUUAUUGAAAGUUUAGUUGUUUGCCACCGGAAUUUUCAAGGCAGAGUUGUUGGCUGAUUUCGUCUUUGAGUUUGAAUUGGACAAUCGAAAACAUUUAAAAAAAAAAAUCGAACCACGCGCUUCCAGUCACGAUUGCAGCAUUUAAUUGUUCAGAUGCAGAUAUAUUUCAACUUUUAACAGUUUUGAGUUUACUUCAAUUCUUAAUAUGAAAUCUUUUUGAGUCGCGGCUAUUUAUGGUCUGAUCAAGGUUUUGAGUAAAUAUUUUCUAUGAAUUCCUACAUUUCGAAUUAUCAUUUUACUUAACUAGAAUCUUAUGGUGGUUGUGUGUGCCGUCAAAUAUAUAUUAGGUUAAACAUGGAAGGUACAUUGAGCGAUUCUGAAGAAUACAACGGUUGUUUUAAUCAUGGGCAUAGCAAGCUAACAAUGCAUCUUGGCCUGACAUUACCAAGAUAUAAGAAAUCUCGCACUUCGCUUUCCAGGAGUUCAUUCGAAUCAACAAACGAUGGAAGAAGACGAAGACCCCCUCCUGAUGAUGGAUUAAAAAGCCCAGACGUUCCAGAUUCACUCAUCAACAAAAGUUUUCUGCAAAAGAAGAUCACGCCUGCUAUUCGAAGACCAAGAGGCAAUAAACCCGUGAUGAUGCCGGGAAAAGAGAACAGACCCUAUCUGGACAUGACAUCACUUGUAGGUCAGGGUGGAAAACAACCAGAAUCUGACAUUGGUACAACUUUCUUUGCACCUACUAUUGAAACACCAGAUAUGUUAGAUUUAACAGGGGAAGAAGAUGCUAUUGUUAGACCACUACAUCACAGCAUACUUGGAAAAGAACACUGUUUUGAGGUGAUCACUGUGAAUGGAAGUCGAUGUUUUUGUUGCAAAUCUGCUGGAGAACGUGAGGCAUGGAUCGAAAAAAUUAAAAGAACAUUAAACCCACAUCUGGAUAACAUAAGAAGAACAGAACAUCAGCUCAGUUUGUGGGUGCAAGAAGCAAAAGGAAUUCCCAUCAAGAAAAAAUAUUUUUGUGAAAUUUGUCUCGACAGACAACUUUACGCAAGGACUACUUCAAAGUUAAAAGAUGACAACACAACAUUCUGGGGAGAACAUUUUGAUUUUACUUCAAUUCCUGAUAUAGAAGACAUCACAGUUCAUUUGUACAAAGAUUCUGAUAAAAAGAAGAAAAAGGACAAAGAUUAUGUUGGUCUUGUCAAUAUUUCAGUUCAAAUGCUUUCAAACAGACAAACUAUAGAAAAAUGGUAUACAUUAUCAACGCCAAGCGGAAACAAUAAAAACAAAUCAGGUGAAACAAUGGCAAUUCGCAUAAAAGCAAGAUUCCAAUCGGUAUCUGUGCUACCUAUGGAGCAAUAUAAAGAGUUUGCAGAACUUAUUUCUAAAGAUUAUAUGACGCUAUGUAAAACCAUGCGUGGGAAUCUAUCUGUUUCAAAGAAAGAUGAAUUGUCGAAGAGUUUAGUCAGCAUAAUGCAUGCAACUGGAACCAUAAAGGAAUACAUGACAGAAGUAGUUAUGAACGAUGUGAGAAAUAUUGAAGAAGAAAGUUUAAUAUUUCGUGAAAAUACAAUCGCCACUAAGUCUGUUGAACAUUUUCUUCGUCUAGUGGGAAUGGGAUACUUGCAUGAAGCUUUAGGUGAUUUUGUAACUGCCUUGUAUGAAAGUGAUGAAGACUGUGAAGUAGAUGGAAAUCGAUUGCCUGCUAAUGCUAUACUUGAACACAAUCAGAAAAAUUUACAGAUGUGUUGUGAGAUCGCUAUGUGCAAGAUUAUGAAUUCAAUCAAAAUAUUUCCCAACGAAUUGAGAGAAGUAUUCAGUACAUGGAGAGCAAAAUGUGAAACAAUGAAUCGACCACGUAUCGCAUCGAAAUUAAUAACAGCAUCAUUGUUCUUACGACUGCUGUGUCCAGCCAUAUUAAAUCCUUCACUUUUUGCUCUUGCUAAUGAGCUGCCUCGUCCUAAUGCGGCAAGAACAUUGACACUAGUGGCAAAAGUCAUUCAAAACCUAGCGAAUCGUUCACGAUUUGGCGACAAAGAAGAAUACAUGAAGUUCAUGAAUGGAUUCGUACGAGAACAAUGGGAUCAAAUGGGCGGGUUUUUGGACGACGUCACAGACGCAAGUAAAACUUCGUCUUUGAAUGGAUUUGAGGGUUUUAUUGACCUUGGAAGAGAAUUGGCGAAACUUCACGCUUUUUUCACAGAGACCUUGCCUGAAAUGGAUCAGAACAUUGUCAAUGAUCUUGGAAAUUUACCAAAAGUUUUAGGAAAAAUAACAGAUCUCAUCAAUCAUCCACCACCUUCACCACAGAAUGGAUCUCAUAUUUAUCAGCAUCGUGUUGUAUCAAAAAGUACAUCGCAAUUAUCUGCCUUAGAUAAAAUAUCCGAAGAUGCUCAGCUAUCAAAUGCUAAUGAUAACAUAUUGAUGCCUCCUGAUUCGACUAGUACGCCCAAUACUGGACGACGUAACAUAAUACCACAAGAUGUUUCAUCUUUGUUAGAUAUGGAUGGAUAUCCUACUCUUACUACAACUACUAAUCUAUCAGACAAUGGUAGUCAAACAUCCAUUCCGGCUAAUGGAAGCUUCAACAAUAGUAACAACAGUCAUCGUCCAUCGUUAGCCUCGAUGGAAAACGUUGAGUUUCAGACAAUCAAUGCAAACGCACAGCAGCAAGCAUCCUACCAAGCCCCGCGUUGCGCAUCUCGUUCCACCAACCCGCCACUGUCGUUUAGUAACCCUGCCUACUUACAGAGAGGGCUUAGUUCUCCGGCAGCUCUCUCUUCGUUGGAUCAAAAGCCAUCUGAUAAGUUUUCUUUCCCUCAAAAAGGAAUGAAUUCGGGUUACGUUAACGGCGUACACACUACACAGACUUCUCACAACUUUUCGAACACGACUACGCACACAACCACCACUGUCAACUUAAAUAAACGCAACGUUUCAACUUAUAAGGGCCAACAAACUCAACCACUGUCAUUCGCAAAUCCCCUGCAAGUACUUCAAACAUCCACGAGUUCGGAAACGAGACGUCGUAGUCCGAACCCGAUACCGGUCGCCUCUUUGCGAUCAAACUCCCAGAUCGAGACUGUUUUUGCCUCAGAGACGGUGAGCUAUUUAAACAAAGUUCCAUACGCCUCUGUAUCGUUGCCACAAUCCUCUGGAACAAAAACGCAACAAGAACAAUAUCUAAUCAGCAAAUCUGACUCUGCAAACCCCUUGAAAGCGAUUCGAGAUGCUGACAAUCUUGAUCACGGAAGCAGCGAACCGGAAAGUGCGAAUGACAGUUUCCAUAGCAACGAUACAUUGUCUUCAAGACCGUCAUCAACUACAACCGGAAGUACAGCGAACAGCGGAAGUGUAAGCAAUCACAUCGACCAAAACGACAUGAGUCGUUUGCCGAAACCAAAACAUCGACCUUCUCGCCACGGCAACAGUCAUCAAGGAAAAAGUCAAGGUUCAAAAAACGAGAAUACAGACGGUAAAGUGACAGCCACUUCCACGUGUAUACCCGUUUUGAGUGCCAGACAUCGCACAGGCCUUCAGAAACAAAACACAUCGCCUUCGAAAGCGAUUUUAACCUCCACGGCCGCUGCUGAAGGUUCCAAUCCCAGAAAAUCGUCAUCGACCUCGAAUGAUCCCUCAAGGUCAUCCAGCCGAGUCACCCGUUCUUCAUCUGCCGUUGUCACCAAAAACGGUCGAGCGAAAGUUUCACACAAGUUUCCGAAUUUGAAUCAUAUGACUCAAUUAGAUCAAGAACCAAUUCCGGGACUUAACGAGGAAUUGCCUUCUGUACGCGAAGUGGACGACUUGUUGGUCUCUGGGAAGCCGGUUACUGCCAUAGCUCUUAACGCUGCCAGUGCGACUCGCGUUCGAAUGGCACGAAAAACUCGACCGGGUGGCACAACGUCAUCUAGCGGACAACAAUCAUUCCAUCAACCAUUGAUAAAAACCAACUCGGCGGGUGAAAGAUAUUAUGGUGGUAGGCGAAGUAGCAAUCAACGUACUACUGGACAGUUUCCGAAUCAUCCACCUCCCGAAUCUGCCGCAUUUCCUCCCACUACACCAGAAGGACCAUUGUCACCAGAAGAAAGAACUGCUCAGUGGAUUCUCAGCAGUGUAGCUUCCGUGACAAAAGACGCCGGUAUACAAGGACCCAACGUUCCACAAACUGCAGGAUAUUCCCAAUCUAAGUCUUCAAGAUCUUCCACCAAAGAUCAUGAUGACUUGUUGAGUCGUCUGAAAGGAGACAACGAUGCUCUUCGAAAACUUUUGACAGAAACUGACGACGCGAAUCGAUCUAUGAAACAAAGAGAAGAUUCUCUCAUGGAUCAAGUGAAAGCAAGCGAUCGCAGAGAAGCGAGAUUGCAUGAAAAAUUACGGAUUAUGGAAGAGAAAUUGCAACGUCAGAUGAUGGAAAAGGACGAAAAAACUUCGGAAUUGAUACAGAGAAUUUCAAAAGUUGAAGAAGAGCAAAAACGAGAGCGUGAGGAACUGCAGGGAAUUAUUGACGAAAAAGACAUUAUCGUAUCAACGCAAAGGAAGCGUAUUAAUUCUCUGGAAGAAUCGAACGCCCGUCUCUUACGGGCCGUAAACGAAUUAAAAGAAAGAUCCAAUUCGUCUAGUAGCCUUCACAGUAAAUCUUCUGAUUGCAGUGCCAGGCGACAAGGUUCGUUUUGCCAGGGAGAUGCAGCACAAUACGACGUUCCGGUAACGAGAAACCACAGGGCUCAAAAUCAACAGCAAAAUUCAUCGAAUCAGUUUCAACGCCGACCUAGUGGCCAAACACACAAUACAAACUAUGAAGCCAUGGAUAAUGGUUCGCCUACAACGUCAUUUGUAAACGGGGAAUACCGCAUCGAAGGUUUGUCGUCUGCCGGAAGCUCGUCUUCUAGCGUUUAGACUACAGUGGUGUUCCCAUAGAGUAAUAUCAUCAAAAUUUGGUAGAGAUAUGCUUCAUCCAUGUGCACACCAUUGGACAAUACUUUUGAGCAUGCAAACUGUAUAUGUCGCGAAAUUAAUGUUCCUGAUUAUUUUGUUACUGCUAUAUUUAGUGAAAUAUUUAUUCCAAUUUCGUUGAUUACUCGCGCUUGGCGAUUAUCGUCGUCAUCCCUUUAAACUGAAAGGUUUCAAAUACAAAUGCGAUAUAAUACCGUGUAUGGACAAACUAUAAAUAUACAAAUUUAUUUCACGUCAAUCAUAACUUCACAAUAUCAAAAAUUACCCAGUAAGUUUGAAACUUCAAAAAUAAUGAAUACAACAUAUCACAACGAAAGGGUAUUAAACGAAAAUAUCAUUUCAAUGUAGUGAUGUAUAAAAGUACCCCAAACCACAGAUCUAGUGUAAUUUGUUAUUGGAAAUUAGCGCUGAAGCCAGCGUGCGACUUUUUGUCAGUCCGUUCAUGGUAUAGUCAAGCAAGAUUUCCAUAUUUCAUAAGAUCCACUUCGACUGGUCCUUUUAUGCUGCUAAUAAUCGCUUUGAUUUCAUUUCCCGAAAUUCAAGGUAUUUUGGUAAAUCUAUGGCACGAACUAUCUUCAUAAUGUUCCACGUUGCCAGUCAACUACCUAAAAGUCAUCUUUGAGAUGCUUGCUCACGCGAUAAUCAUUAUAGACCUAAUUCGUUUCUAAUUGCGAUUACCAUCAACACCAGACAUAGUCUAGAUAAUUUAAAGCCUUUUUUGUUGUUACUUGCAAAUGCAAUAAGUUUUUCUGUCACUGUGUGUGUCUGUCUGUCUGAUGCAGCUAUACUACCCAUAAUUGUCUUGAAAUAUCUAGUCGAUCACCUAUGUGAUUAUCCAUGACCAAUUGUCGAUAUGUAAGUCCUGUAACCUAAAACAAAACUGAAAUACUAAGAUAGUUAAAUACGAUUAGGUUAUACCGCGUUACUGACUGAAAAUAGAUUCAUUCUCCCUUUGGUAAAAUCGGGCUUUAACCAACAUCUAUUGUCAGCUCAUUAUCGUCACCUUGUGGCGAGAAUAUUGUAAAUGAUAAGUACUCUAGCUGGCUUACAAUCUGCCUGCUUUCCUCAUUCUGCUUGUUUGCACCGUAAUUUCUCCAGACAGUAUUUUAUACUCAGCAUCAAUUUAUAUUGCAUGAUUAAUUUACCCUCUCAAGAGAAAUAAAUAGUUGUUAAACAUCGUUAGAAUUGAAGGUUUCUUCCCUAUUCAUGGUUGCCUGUUCGAAUAUCUUCCUAUGGAAUAGGAAAAUUUAUCGUGCGUUGUUUAAUUUCGCUUAACCGUAUUUUCCUAUGUGAUUUCAUGCGCAUAGUUUCUUAUCUCAUCAUUUUUUUUUCGAUUUUUAUUUUUUGAAAAAAUAAAUAAACAUGAUCGUGAAUUUUGCACCGCUUAAAUUAAUUUGUACUACUCGGAAUAAUUCUGAUAUUUUAUUGUUGUAUUUCUAAAUCUUAUUACAUAAAUAUAUUACCAGCUAUAAAAGGAUUACGACUGGUAUAAAAAUAAUUAUCGGACGUACAUAUGAUUAUAUUACCUGAGUUGAACCAGGAAUCUUUAUGGUGGGCACAGGAUUUAUCUGUUAUUUGAUAAUUUAUGUCGCUUUAUAUCAAUCUAAAAUGUACUUUGCGAAUGCGAAUUUUUUUUACCGAGGUGGACAACGUAUAAUUUAUUCAUCUGAUAUUCCGGUUUAUGGCGGUUGGAACUGGUUUCCACGCUAUGGUUUUGUUGUUCACAAGCAUCGCCCGUAUCCUACUGUUCCUUUACUUUGUUUCUCAAACUUAUCCUAAUUAUUAUGCUUUCUAUUCGUACUGCUAGGCUAGAAUUCCAUUUUUUUAAUUUCAUGAUUCCUUUCUUGUAGCCUAUACUUUUGCUUAUAUAUAUAUUUUCGAGUUGAUUUUUGAAACUACCAUGCGAUCAUGUUUGUUCAAUUUUAACCUUGAGAUAAACAUCUCACGGUUUUGUAAGUAUGAUUUUAUUAAUUUUCAUAAAUUUAGAAACAAUGGUAAAAUAUGUCCACCCAAAAGUUAACUCUUAAUCGUAAGUUGUUUCAAAAUUAAACGCACCCUUCAGGGCUUAAGCAUGUUUCUUGCAUUGCGCACAAUAAAUUUCCCGAAAUCAUACUUUCCUAUAAUAAAUGAAUCUGACCCAUUUUAUGCUUUUUUUCGUUAUUAUUGUCUUUUUCGUUUGUAUCUUAUUAUUGUUGUUUCGUGAUACUUUCUCUCUUAUUCUUAUUACUAUUGUCAUUACUAUAUGACGUCGUAUACGUUUUAAGUUUUUCCCAAAGACUGCAAUAAAAGAGCCAUCGUAUGAAUCACGCUGUGUCAUUUCA